AUGGUGGGCGCCGGGGCGCGCGGGGCGCCGCCGGUGCUGCCGCCGCCCUUGCUGCUGCUGCCGCUGCUGCUGCUGCUGCGGGGCGCGGCGGGCGGCCUCGCCGACAGCGUCGUCUGGGCCGUCAAUGCGGGCGGCGAUGCCCAUGUGGACGUGAACGGCAUCCACUUCCGCAAGGACCCGCUCGAGGGCCGCGUGGGCCGAGCUUCUGACUACGGUAUGAAGCUGCCCAUCUUGCGGUCCAACACAGAAGAUCAGAUUCUGUACCAGACCGAGCGUUACAAUGAGGAAACCUUUGGCUAUGAAGUUCCCAUCAAAGAGGAGGGUGACUAUGUGCUGGUGUUGAAGUUUGCAGAGGUGUAUUUUGCACAGUCUCAACAGAAGGUAUUUGAUGUUCGCUUGAAUGGCCAUGUGGUGGUGAAGGACUUGGACAUUUUUGACAGAGUUGGACACAGCACAGCUCACGAUGAGAUCAUUCCCAUGAGUAUCAAAAAGGGGAAGCUGAGUGUCCAGGGGGAGGUUUCCACGUUCACGGGGAAACUCCACAUUGAGUUUGUAAAGGGCUACUAUGACAAUCCGAAAAUCUGUGCCCUAUACAUCCUGCAAGGAACAGUGGAAGAUGUUCCAAAGCUGCAGCCACACCCAGGUCUGGAGAAAAAAGAGGAAGAUGAUGAUGAAGAUGAAUAUGAUGAUGGUUCCAGUGUUAAAAAACAGGCAAAUAAGAACCGGGUUCAGUCAGGCCCACGCACACCAAACCCCUAUGCCUCGGACAACAGCAGCCUCAUGUUUCCUAUAUUGGUGGCCUUUGGUGUCUUCAUUCCUACCCUCUUCUGCCUCUGCCGAUUGUGAGAGCAAGCCCCACAGAGCAUCAGCCAAGGGGCUGGGAGGGAAGGAGUUGGACCAAACACAGUUGCUUUCAA